AUGCGUUUUUUCCUCCUCUUCGUACUCGUCACAGCCCCGGCGUUGUUCUUCUUACUCAACGUCGCGAACGCGAAUAUCGAGGAGGAAGGUAUUGGUGGCGAGAAAGAAGGAGUGGUUUCUUUGGAAACGCGCUUGGAAUUCGCGGAGGAAGCGGAACGAGAGAUCGAAUCCGAUGUUGUUUUCCCCGCAGAAGCAUCCGAUGAUGACUUCGAUAUCAAAGACGACGACGAGGAUGUAUCACUACUCUACGCGCAAAUAACCGAAGAUUUAAAACCAUUCCUAAAGAAUAAAGUCACCAGAGAAAUGACCAAUCGAGCGCGCGUGAAAUACGGGACAGAGAACCACCGAGCGUUCGGAUUCGUUUGGGUGAAAAACGAGUUGUUUCUCGCCACGAGAAGACCUUCGCGAGAGUUUAACGGACACCACGUCCAGUUGAUAUACGAGUACUUUUACGAUUUGUGCGAGGUUUUUGGAAAGACAAAAACGAGGGAAGAGGAUGGAGAGAUGAGCAGCGAGGAUGGUUCGAAGUUGCCGCCGAUGGAAAUGGCGUUAUCGACGUUCGAUUACAACCCUCCGGACGAGGAACGACUUCCGGUGCUUUGCUUUUGCCGCGACCUAGAGUUCCCGGAGGAAACCGGGUGCAUUUUACACCCUGGGUUUGGGUUUAGGUACAACAAGAUAGACGAGAACGUGUACGCGAGAAAAGAAGAGUUCGAUGAAGAUUUCCCGUGGUCGAAGAAGGACGAGAAGUUAGUCGGGAGGUUUACCAUGUACCCUCGCUUGGGGCGGCACGCGGAGAUUCGAGCGAGGAAAAAUUUCGUCGAUUGGGCGGAGAAUCGAACCUCCUUGGAGGAUGGUUUUUUAGACGUGAAGAUGUACUCGAAAAUCUCCCUGAGAGAACACAUGGAACACAAAUACAUUUUACACUUGGACGGUCAGGGCCACUCGUUUCAGUUCGAGGAAAAGCUCGGAUUGAACUCCGUCGUCGUCAGCGAGAAGAAAUUGUUCCAGACGUAUUUCAGUAAAUUUUUAAAGCCAAAGACGCAUUACUUGGAGUUUUGGGAAAACGACGAGAAACCAGAGGACGUUUUAGAGGUUUUACACUACGCGCGAACACACGAUGAAGAGAUGCAACAAAUCGCCAAAAACGGUCAAAAGUUUGCCCAGAAAUACUUCACCAAGAAAGCGCGAUUAAAGUACUACCGAGAGUUGUUUCGAAGAUUCGCCGAAGAGGCGAUGGCGUACGAAGUUACGGAGACACCGGAAAACGCCAUUCGAAUAUGUUGUCCCGGGCACGCGUGCGAAGAAAACGACAUCGACGUUAAAAAGUACGCCGAAGAAAACUUUUAA